AUUACAGGUGUUCUCUAGCUAGCUUUCUACUGUUGGAUAUGAUGGAGAAUCAACGGGAAGGUGGAGGUUACGACGAGCCAUUGACCAAGCGGCGGCGGCGCAAUCCCGCCGGCGCCACCGUGGCCGACAUCCCGGACGACGUCGCCGAGCAAAUCCUCCUCCGCCUCCCCGUCAAGUCCAUCCUGCGACUUCGGUCCGUGUGCAGGUCGUGGCGCGCCAUGGUCGCCGACCCGCGCUUCGUGCGCCUCCAGCUGCACCACUCCACGACGGCGCGCCGCCGCCGUCGUCGGCCGCCGUCCAUGAUCGUCAUGCCGUGCUGGAGCGUGACGGACCAACGGAUGGGAGCGAUCAGCUUCUUCCAUUACCAGGGGCACGGCGCCGCCGCGGAGCUCGCGCACGAGGAGGCGUUGCCCCUGGGCGUCGCCGCCGACUGGAACCUGCCCCUGCACUGCAACGGCCUUGUGAUGGUGUCCUCGGAGAUGUACUCCUCGGAUCAGAUCAUCGUCUGCAACCCGGCGACCAGGGAGCUCGCCGAGCUGCCGGUCGGCACGCCGGACUUGUUCGGGAUCCAAAAGGUAGGCCUCGGCGCCGAUCCAUUGACGGGCGAGGUGAAGGUGGUUCGAUGCUUCAUCCGCCACUGCGAUUAUACCAAGACGGACUACAGCGUCGGAUGCGAGGUCUUCCCCCUCGGCGGCGGCUCAGGCGCGUGGAGGCCGGUCGCCGACUCGCCCUACCUCGUCAUGCCCUCUCCGUCGCCGUGCAUCCUCGGCGCCAUCUACUGGACCGCCGCCCUGCCGUCGCCGCCCGCUGGCAGCGGCACCGCCUCCGGGAUUCUGCGCUUCGACGUGCGCGCCGAGGAGUUCUCCCUUUUCCCGAUCCCGCCGUGCAUGCAGGCGGCGCCGGAAGACGUCGAGGGCUUCGGCCCGGCCCUGACCGAGCUGGCUGGCAAGCUGUGCUACGUACACAAGCAUGUCAGUGACGCCGGCGUCGCCGCCGCUCAGCUCUGGACGGCUUCCGCCGCCGACGACGAUGGCGCGGCGCGGUGGUCGAUGCAUUGCACCGUCGAGCUAUACCACCCUGCCUUGGCCGUCCGUCCAUUUGCCGUCGACUACCAAGGAGGCAUAUUUCUGAACGCGAAUUUCACCUGCAUCUUCCGGUACGACACGGAACGCCAAGUGCUGGAACGUGAAGUGGGCAUGAACCAGGAGAUGACCUACUUCCGUGCAAGCAACAGGUUGCACUACCGCUUUUAUGGUGGAAGGUGGAUGCACCAUGUCGUUCCGUACAGGGAGAGCCUGCUCACCAUCAGAGCAAAGUAAUUAGU